UCUGCAGCAGAUAGUGUAGGGAAAGAGACUGGGAUAUGCAUAUGCAGCUAACUAAGGGAGGCUACAUGCUGGACUGUAACAGAGAGGAAACAAUAAAUCUUAGCUACUAUGCAAUAAAUAUUUCUAAUUUUAACUAAGGAAGCUAUCAUUAUAGUGAAAUAAAAACCAUUUUAGCCAAAGUUGAUAUUUAAAUACCCUUCUCCAAUUCUCUUUCCAAAGAUUUUAUUUUUCUGUAAAAUAAAGAGCAAAUUAAAAGGCAGAGGAGGUAAAAGUUUCUAUAAGAGCAGGAAAGGAAAGUAGUAAUAACAUGACAAUUUUUCUUUCUUUUGCUUUCCUGGCUGCUCUUCUGGCUCACACAGGGUGCAGUAACCAGCGCCGGGGUCCAGAAACCACUGGUAGAAGAUACAACCGGAUUCAGCACGGGCAGUGCACCUAUACUUUCAUUCUUCCAGAACAAGACGGGAACUGUCGUGAAAGCACAACAGACCAAUACAGCACAAAUGCCCUUCAGAGAGAUGCUCCUCAUGUGGAACAGGAUUUCUCUUCCCAGAAACUGCAACGUCUGGAACAUGUGAUGGAAAAUUACACACAGUGGCUGCAAAAAUGUCCAGUUUCUUACUCAUGAAUUUACCUCUGUUUCACCUGGUGUAAUUUUCAGUCCAAGGCAGUAGAGGUGGGGAGAGCUGUUUUGCAGCAAAAGCCAUUGACAAGUUAAUUUAAGACAGCCUAAG